UAUCAAGCAGUAUACAACAUAGGCCUAGCCUUUCAGUGUUAACUUUACAAAAUCUGGGAAAUAGUUUUAUUUUGUGUUUCUGUCUCUAGCAUAGAAGAUCUUGAAAUGGAGGAGGAGUUGAACCUGAUGAGGAGAAAGUUGGAGGAGACGAUGAAAGAGAACUUGAGAUUGAACGCAGAGAAUAUUCAGUUGAGAGAGAACCUGAAGGAGUACCAGAGGAACCUCGACAACUGUGAGUUAAACCAGGAAGCACAGAAGGUAAUGAGAUCUGGCGUAAGCGGGAAAAAGGAACCACGAAAAUCCUUCAGAAAAUCAAUAAAAAAGAUUACCAAGGCUGACAUUGCAGGUCCUAAACUAGAAAGCCUAGUUCAUAUUAACGGAGUACGGAUGGAGAGCGGACGGAUGAGGGUGGUUGAUAACUCAGGGCUACUUGACCCAAGAAUAAGAAGAUUUCUUGCUCUUGAAGGUAUUGAUGAAAGAGUGACGGAGGAUCCUAAGAAGUUGGAUCUAAUAGAACGGUUUGUCAGGGAUACAAACCUAUUCUCAGUACUGGAAAAGGCCAGGAAUAAGAAUAAGAGAAAGUCACUGUUUAUAAUGGAAUCGAACAAUAACAAAACAGAUAAAAAAUCUGACCACACUGUUCCUAAACCUACCCUGACUCCACCUCCACCACCUCCCCCACUUCCUCCACCACCGCCUCAAAUGUCUCUUCUAAAUACUCCUCCUCCACUACAAUCUAAUAGAUUAUCGGUUGGUUUGGAUUCUCCGGGUUCAUCGGAGAAUCUGACGGAGAUGAUUAAAAGAAGAGGAAGCAUGCUCAAACCUCCGGAUCCGAAUAAUCAGAGGUCACGGCACAGUAGCUCAGGAUCCCUCAGGUUUGAGGAGGAUGAACUAGUCAGUGCGCUCAGACGCGCGCUUGACAAGAUAAACCGCGCAGUUGGAGAUUCUUCGGACCAAAGCGAGUAAAUAAUUAACAUACAAUUGGAAUCGUUAAAAAAAAUUUUUAAUUUAUAAAUACAUAUACAAUAUCACAUGA